GGUUCAAAAUAUGGGUUAUAAUGAAAGGUAACAAGGAGCUCGUGGGUACUCUUAGAGGCUUCGAUGUAUACGUUAACAUGGUCCUUGAAGAUGUUAUUGAAUAUGAGAUCACUUCUGAAGGAAGACGGAUCACAAAGCUUGAUCAAAUUCUGCUUAAUGGAAACAACAUUGCCAUUCUGGUCCCGGGAGGCUCACCCGAUCCAGAAUGAGAUUGUCAGCUGCUUCCUGUUUCGAUGGCAUUGAUUCCAUGUCGAUUUCCCAGUUUUAAUGAUAAAGUUUGAUAAUGGGAUACCUCUUGUUAUUCAACCUUCAUCAAUGUAAGAUUCCCAAGUUCGAUUAUAGGACAGAGUUGGGCCAGUUGGCCACAAUUACUGUAAUGGUUAAUGAUUCGAUCAUGCCUAUCAUAACUUUGUUAUUUUUUUCUCUAAUUUGAUUUUAGCUGCAUCAUCAUAUAUGAU